AUGGGUCCAGGGACGGGCGGGCAAUGUCCGCCACCAGCGGGCCGGUCCCACCAUGGGUCCUGGGACGGACGGGUCAAGCCCGCCACGGGUCCCGGGACGGGCAAGCCAUGUCCACCAUGUGUCAUGGGACAGGCAGGCUGGGCCCACUACAGGUCCCGGGAUGGGGGGGCAAUAUCCGCCAUGUGUCCCGGGACAGGCCGGCUGGACCCGCUACGUGUCCUGGGACGGGCGAGUGAUUUCCAGCACGGGUCCCGGGACGGGCUUGCAGUGACCCGCCAUGGGUCUCAGGACAGGCGGGCAAUGUCUGCCACGGGUCCUGGGACAGGCGGGCAAGGGCCGCCAUGGGUACCGAGACUGGUGGGCGAUGUCUGCCAUGUGUGGGACUGGCUGGCUGCACCCGCCACAGGUCCCGGCACUGGCGGGUGGGGCCUGCCAUUUGUCCCAGGACAAGCAGGCCGGGCCUGCCACUGGUCCCAGGAUGGGGGGGUGAUGUUCGCCACGGGUCCCGGGAUGGGCGGGCGAUGUCCGCUACGUGUCCCAGGACUGGCACACCAGGCCCGCCACGUGUCCCGGGAUGGGCGGGUUGGGCCCGCUACAGGUCCCAGGAUGGACGGGCAAUAUUCGCCAUGUGUCCCCGGGAUGGGCGGCCGGGCCUGCCACGAUUCAUGUGACGGGCGUGCGAUUCCCGCCACAUGUCUUAGAUCUCCUAGGUGUGACAAUGUGAGGGUGGAUGUCAGCUUGGGCCACCUGAAGGUUAGCAGUUCUCAUGCAGCUUUGGCCUCCCUCUUUUCACAGUGA